AUGACACAGCCAGUUUCCAAGGAGGUGGAAAAUGUCCUUGGUUAUUUGCAUGAUUGCAAUGGCGAACACGUAACCCAACUUAGUGCCGAUGUUCUGAAGGAUGCAAAUGACCGUACAAUUCGGGAACUUCGCAUCACAUUUGAAAGGCCUGUUUCGAGCUGGGACGCCGUUUUCCGGCUGGCCGCUUCUUCUCCCAGAAGCAUAUCUCGCCCAUCUAAAGAUGCGCAAACCCAUGGCGUUGGUGAUUGUUGCACACUACUAUGUGAUCCUUGGCAGACUGGAUUCUUUCUGGUGGUCACAAAGUUGGGCGGGCCAUUUGUUCGAAUCAAUUUAUCGUUCGUUGGAUGUGACGAGGAGGACUUUAUUACGAUGGCCAAUGCAAAUGAUCAGAUUAACCGAUGGACUGUCAAAUAUCUGAGCUACAAAUUACUACUAUGCCGUAAUUAUAGUCCGUGCCUGCAUUCCAUUUGUAUAGUGUAA